GAGAGAGAGGAAUCAUAAGAGUGAAUAAGGGUGAUUGCGGAGGCGUGGGUUGGGGUCAACGGGUGAAGCUUUCGACCUUCGCCGGCCAUGGUGUCUUCCUCCUCCUCAUCGUCGUCCUCCGAUUCUUCUCACUCCUCCGCCUCUUCCGUCUCCGAUUCCUCCUCCUCCACUUCUCGGCGACGAGAUCGCCGCCGCCGCCACCGACGCUCUGGUGAUCGAGGCGAUCUCAAGGUUCGCAAGGAUCACCGGACGCGAGGCAAGCGCAGGCGCAAGAGCAGGCACGGAUCUCCCAACCACUCCGCGUCUUCCUACAGCGGUGAUUACAGCAGUGAUGAAAGCUAUUCCGACAGUGAGGGCCGUCGUAAGAAGCACAAGCAUGAGAAAUCCAAGAAGUCCAAGGAUAAAGAGCGAAGUAAAAAACAUAGACACAAGCAUCAAAAACCGAAGCAUAAGGAGAAGCAGCAAACUGAGCGUUGCAGCAGCCCUGUGCAACUAUCAAAGUUCCUUGGUCGUGACAAAGAGGAUGGUGUCCGACGCAGUGCUAUUUCUGGUAAAAAGAUUCUCUUGAAGCUUGACAAAUCAAAGGAAGACAAGAUGGCAGAGAACAACCGCAACGAGUUGCUGAAGUUUCUGAAUGCUAGCUAUGAUUGAUCACACUGGGAUGAUGGCAUGCAGCCAAGCAGAACUAGAUCAGAACUCAUCAAACCAAAAAGUUGGGUCAUCUGGUAUUUACCGAAAUCUUUUCCAGAAAGAUUUUAGUUUUUGUCCAGUUUAUUAGGGUGAAAAGAUUAAUGAGUGUGAUUGACUUGGUGAAUUUGUUGGUGUCGCACAAUUCUUCUUUGCAUUUGCUACGUCAAUCAUUUCAAAUUUGGAUGGGGUUGCUUUUCA